UCAAUAUGGACUCGAGUUUCCAGGAGCUGUACAAGAAGGGUUUGGAUAUGGGUGAGCAGCAGAAGCUGCGGCAAAAGGAGCUUCUAAGGCAGCAGAAACUGCGCCGGCAGCAGGAACAGGAUGACUCACGUCCGCUGCAAAAGCCCGGGAAAACGGCGCCAAAGAAGAAAAACGGAAGACGUUCUGGUCACCAAAAGGGCAUCCCGUACAGACCACAGCUUUCGGAGUGGCUGCGACACAAGCCCGAGGAUCUCAAUGAGUGGCUACUGGUUCCUUGUCCUGUCGGCAAAAGGUGCCUGGUGGUGGCAAGCAAGGGAAUCACCAAGGCGUACUCCAAAGGCGGCUGGAUGUUCAUGGAUUGGCGAUCUUCGCUGCCCGGCGACUGGCAGCUGCAAAAGGGCCAAACAAUACUAGAUUGCGUGUACGUUGAGGAUGCGGACACCUUCUAUGUGCUGGAUGCCAUAGCAUUUGGCCAACAGGACUUGCAGGAGUGCGAGGCAUCCUUUCGCUUCUACUGGCUGCGCGCCCGAUUCGAGGAGAAUGAUUAUGCCAAGAUGAGCGAGCACAACGAAAAGAAAUUUAAGCUCCUGGAUCACUUCGACUUUGAGGACACCUCUGCUGUGGAGCAGGCUCUGCAUAAGUAUCCUAUUUUCCCGGAGAACAAGCCACUGCUAGAUGGCUUCCUAUUUUACCAUAAAGAGGCUAGCUAUGUGUGCCGAGAAACUCCCUUAGUAUGCUGGCUGUUUCCGUUUAUGAUGCAGGAUGUUCUGGGAUUGCCCGUCAGCAAGAGCUAUGAGGCCCCCGAAGACUACCAACCCAGCCAUGUUUUGCAAUACAUGGAUUCGUUUGACCGAAAGCUGGCAGAGCACAGAAAGAAUCUCAAGGAGCAGAAAAAGAAAGUCAACGAACAGGAGCAAGCUCCACAAACCAUGGAGGCGGAUGAGGACGUCGAGAGCGAUGAGUACGAUAGCCUAAAGCGAGUACUGGAUCAACAGCGCCGUCUGGAGAUGGGUGAAUUCGACAUGGACUGUGCGGAGCCGCCAUCAGCUGAUGGCUGCUAGGCCAAAUGGGCAGCGGUGUGGGGGUGGCUUUUCUGCGCAGGCGUUUUGAAAACGCGGCCCUGGACAAAUAGCCUCAGCUCGCGCCCAGGAAAAUCAGAAAACCCAGAUUGCGGCCAGCCCACCAGCAACAGACCUUAUUAAAAUUGUUAAAAAAUAUCUA